CGCCCAUCAUCAACCUUCUCAUCGCCCCAUCCACUUCUUCUGCAUUAUGUCUGUCUCCGCUGAAAAGAGAAAGCCCGUCCGCAUCUGGGUCGACGGGUGCUUCGACCUCAUGCACUUUGGGCACUUCAACGCCCUUCGUCAGGCCAAGGCCAUGGGCGACUAUUUGGUUGUUGGUGUCCACUCUGACGCGGAAAUUGAGCACCACAAAGGACCCACUGUUAUGAAGGAGGAUGAGAGAUAUGCCGCUGUUGCUGCUUGCAAGUGGGUCGAUGAGGUCGUCCCCAAUGCCCCCUACUUGACUUCGUUGGAGUGGAUGGACAAGUACAAUUGCGACUUUUGCGUCCACGGUGAUGAUAUUACAACCAUGGCCGACGGUACUGACUGCUACCAGGUUGUGAAAGAUGCUGGUCGUUAUAGGGAGUGCAAGCGUACCCAGGACAUUUCCACAACUGAGCUCGUCGGACGCAUGCUGCUCAUGACCAAGGAUCACCACAAGCGUCGCGGCUCCGUUUCUGCCUCUUCGAUCUCGUCUGUCAACACUGCCGAGCUGGGCACCUUCUCGACUGGAGGAUCCAAGUCCAAGCCCGACACCAAGAUCUCUCACUUCCUGCCCACAUCUCGCAAGAUCGUUCAGUUCUCUGAGGGAAGAGAGCCCAAGGCUGGCGAUAAGGUCGUUUAUGUCGAUGGAACCUUUGAUCUUUUCCACACCGGCCACAUCGAAUUCUUGAAGCGCGCCAAGCAGAUGGGUGACUACCUCUUGGUCGGUAUUCACGAUGAUCAGACCGUGAAUGCGAUCAAGGGAGUCAAUUACCCUCUGAUGAACCUUCACGAGCGCGUCCUGAGUGUCUUGGCUUGUCGCUAUGUCGAUGAGGUCGUUAUUGGCGCUCCUUACAGUGUCAGUGAUCAGGUCUUGGAGAAGGUCUACAAGGUCGACGUGGUCGUUCACGGAAACACCCCAUCCUUGAACGACACCAACGGCGAAGAUCCUUAUAAGCUUGCCAAGGAGCGUGGCAUCUAUGCUGAGAUCGAUAAUCCUCAGAACUCUGUCACUACCGAAUCCAUCAUCGAGCGUAUUAUUACCCACCGCAAGUUGUUUGAGGAGCGCCAGCGCAGAAAGGAGCAGAAGGCCAUUUUGGAAAGAGAGGCCGAGAAGGCUGAGAAGGCUGCUGCUGCUGCUUCGAACCAAUAAAUGUGGAUGUACUUUUACCCGUCUAUACUAUCACCACUAACAAUAAAGACAGAUAGCCU